GGGGCCCUUAGGGAGCGGCCGGGGCGGCGGCGGCUCCUCCUCUCCAGCCAUGGGUGAGCGGCGCCGGGCCGGGGGGCUGCGGGGCUGCGGCGGGGGCGAGCGGAAAAUGUCAGCUGCGGGGCCUCGAGGGGCGGCGGCGAGGCCGGGGCCGUGACGGCGGGCGGUUGCUGCGCGGGAGCUGAGGGCUUUCCGCUGUCUCAGAGGAGGGCGGAGCGGCGUCUGGCGGCGAUGAGAGGCGCGGGCGGGACCCCGCCGCAGCCGUAGUGCGGUGACCGCUCGAUUUCUGCGCACGGACGCUGCGCGCGGCGCGGCUCGUCCCGGCCGUGGGGUGGGGGGGCCCUUCCGUGGUGUCCCUGGGAGCGGCCGCCAGCAGCCUGUGCAGCCCGAGCGUUGCGUCUCAGCAGCCACGUGAAGGGAAAGAGCGCCGUGCAGAUCGGUCGCGCUGUCACAGAGCUGCGGGGGGCGACAGGGGGCUGGGUGCUCUCACACGGCUGGGUGCUUUCAUAGGGCUGGGGCUGCCUCAGCAGCUCGCCAGCUAUCCCCUGCUGCCAGCUGUCCCCGGGUGUGACAGUAUUUUCUUUUGAAGUGCCUGUAAGUUGAGGCAGUAUGGAAUUAAUUGUGUAGGUUACCUUGGGUACGUAACCUCAGUAUUGCUUCUUUUCUAGAAGACGUGAGGGUUGUGUGCUACUUCGGUGUUUGAUGGGCAGUUAGGAAUAGAGGACAUUAAGGAGGUGAUUUUUUCAGCUUCUGAUAUUUAAAAACCUGAUUUAAAGAAGUCAGACAAGUGAUUUGAUUGCUCUUGGAGGAACCCAGUGAGAAACUGUCUGUCUGUUAUAAAGAAAAUACACACACACACCUAUAGUAUUUAAUUGCGAACAGCAGAAACCUGUAAAUCAUAAACUUCUUUUUCUUCUUUUCAAUCCUUUUGGUUGUGAAUGAACAGUGUGGCUUUGUCUCAUGUUUCCAUUUGGUAACAUAGAUGGCAGCCUGAAUGUUUGAGAUGCUUCGUUGUGAGUGAAAAUAAGCUAGGAAUCUCCCGAAUGCUCUGCUCUCAGUAGCUGCAGCUCGAAGGGGAGGAACCUUGUCUGUUCUAUCUGAUUAGACUUUGAAAAGCUGUGGGAAUCUUACUGACAAGGUUUAACCCCCACAUGUCUAUUUCUUCGUGUGCAUUCUGUAGAGUGCACUAAAAGCAUUUUGAAUUGGAACUUCUGGCAAAAGCUUUAUUUCCUACACUUGCUUUUUCUGCCUAGGAAAUAUUUUAUAUCUAUGACAAGGACCUUAGAUUUUUAUUGUUAUUUAUUUUUGUUGUUGUUUGGAAAGAAACAAACGUGCAUAUGUAAUGUUUUAUGAAACUGCUCUAGAUGUACUCACUGAGACUCGCUGCAGCCUCAAAUGGAAAACAUAUGCUUUAAUCAUUGUGAAAGUAGAGCCAUGGAAAAUAAUCCUACAGGGGAGAGAACUGUUAUGAGCCUAUUAUACUACAGUAUGCCAAGCAGGAGUACUUCCUAGGUAUGGUGGUGAUGGCACUGAUUGCUCUUAAGCAGCUGAGCAUUUCAGCACAGCAUUGAUGAUUGUGCUAUCUUGCUGUUUCUGACUGCUACUGAGAGGUGCAAGGAAAACAAACUAACUGAGAACUGAUGUUUCUGGUCUCCAUUUUUGAUUCACCUGCUACAACAGCAUAGGAUCUGUGAAGGUGUUUGUUCUGAACCAUUCACCUUCCCACAAUGUGGUGGCUUGUAGCACUUACUGAGUUAUUCCUUUGAAUUUACCUAGUUUAAGCUGUAAAAGACCCAACAGCUGUAGAAAGAGCAAAUUUACUGAACAUGGCCAAACUGAGUAUCAAAGGACUCAUUGAAUCAGCUUUGAGCUUUGGCCGUACUCUGGAUUCUGACUACCCUCCUCUGCAGCAGUUCUUUGUUGUCAUGGAGCACUGCCUGAAGCAUGGCCUUAAAGUAAGAAAAUCCUUUUUAAGUUACAAUAAAACUAUCUGGGGUCCUUUGGAGCUUGUGGAGAAAUUAUAUCCAGAAGCUGAGGAAAUAGCAGCAAGUGUCAGAGAUUUGCCUGGCCUCAAAACACCACUGGGCCGUGCCCGGGCCUGGUUACGGUUGGCACUGAUGCAGAAGAAAAUGGCUGACUAUCUUCGCUGUUUAAUCAUUCAGAGAGAGCUUCUCAGUGAAUUUUAUGAGUAUCAUGCGCUAAUGAUGGAAGAAGAAGGAGCAGUUAUUGUUGGACUGCUGGUUGGGCUAAAUGUAAUAGAUGCUAACCUGUGCGUAAAGGGAGAAGACCUGGAUUCACAAGUUGGUGUGAUUGAUUUCUCUAUGUAUUUAAAGAGUGACGAUGACAUUGGAGGAAAGGAAAGAAAUGAACAGAUUGCUGCAAUUUUGGACCAAAAGAAUUAUGUUGAAGAACUAAACAGACAACUGAAUAGCACAGUUAGCAGUCUACAUGCAAGAGUUGAUUCGUUAGAGAAGUCAAACACUAAACUGAUUGAAGAGUUAGCAAUAGCCAAAAACAAUAUAAUUAAACUUCAGGAGGAAAAUCAUCAAUUAAGAAGUGAAAAUACUCUGAUCUUAAUGAAAACACAGCAUCAUCUAGAGGUAACUAAAGUGGAUGUUGAAGCAGAACUUCAGACAUACAAACACUCCAGGCAGGGAUUAGAUGAGAUGUACAAUGAAGCACGGAGGCAGCUUCGAGAAGAAUCACAGCUUCGGCAGGAUAUGGAGAAUGAGCUAGUGGUUCAAGUUAGCAUGAAACAUGAGAUAGAACUUGCGAUGAAGUUACUGGAAAAGGACAUCCACGAGAAGCAGGAUACGCUCAUAGGCCUUCGGCAGCAGCUUGAUGAAGUUAAAGCAAUUAACAUGGAAAUGUACCAAAAGCUGCAGGUUUCUGACGAUGCAAUGAAAGAAAAGAAUGAAAUAAUCGGUCGGUUGGAGGAUAAGACCAAUCAAAUUAACGCUACUAUGAAACAACUGGAACAAAGAUUGCAGCAAGCAGAGAAGGCUCAAUUGGAUGCAGAGAAUGAGGACAAGAAACUUAAACAGGAAUAUGUGAAUAAGUCUGAAAGUCUGCAGAAAGAAUUCUCCCAGAAGGAGAAACAGCUGCUCCAGCUGGAAACAGAUUUGAAGAUAGAAAAGGAGUGGCGGCAAACUCUGCAGGAUGACCUUCAGAAGGAAAAAGAAACCGUAUCUCAUCUGCGAAUAGAGACCCAAGAAAUAAUUAACCUUAAAAAAGAGUUCAUUAAACUUCAGGAAAAGAACAGGCAACUGAAAAGGAUAUGUCAGGACCAAGAAGCUGCUCUUCAAGAACUGGCAUCCAAGCUGAGCGAAUCCAAGCUGAAAAUAGAAGAUAUAAAAGAAGCAAACAAAGCAUUGCAGGGGCAGGUUUGGUUGAAGGACAAAGAGGCUACACAUUGCAAGUUAUGUGAAAAGGAAUUCUCACUUUCCAAAAGGAAGCACCAUUGUAGAAACUGUGGUGAGAUCUUCUGCAAUGCUUGUUCAGACAAUGAACUGCCUCUGCCUUCUUCACCGAAGCCUGUUCGCGUCUGUGAUUCCUGCCAUGCAAUACUUAUACAGAGGUGCUCUUCUAAUGUGCCAUAAGAUUAUUUCACAAGUUAUUUAUUACCCUGUGUAUUUAGCUAAUUCUGUAAAAUAAAACAAACAAACAAAAAAAAAAACCCAAGCAAACAAAAAACAACUGUGGAAUGUACAGCACUAUUUCUGUUGAUACAAAUAGAGAAGAUGGGACCCAAAACCACAAAAUGCAUGUAUUAAAAAUGAACAUGUUAAAAUUACAGAUUGCAGUAUUAGUCUAAGAAAUGACUUGGAAGCUCUUCUGGAGAAAGGAAGGGCAGUUUAUAGAUGAGAUUCAGUGUUAAUAAGUAUCUUUGUCAUUAUGAUCUUGAGAAGGGUGAUUUAUUUCCAUGCUUUUACAGGCUAGUCCAACUGAAUUGUGAUGCAAAAUUUGCCUGUAGUAUGCUGUUGUGAAGCAAAAUGGAAGUUAUGGUUUUAAAUUGUAUUUUAAAGUAAGGAAGGAAAUUAAUGUGGGUGGCCCAGUAAAUUAUUGCCAAAUACCAUGCCAAAUAGUCGUUUGCUUCCUCUCAGUUAUUAAGAUUUGAUACGUCCAAGAAUAUUGCACUGACAACUCUGUAGUCAGAGGAGUAGAGAGAGAUGGUGUCAGAUAGGUGAGAAAAGGUGUCUUUAGGCACUAGGAAAAAGGAGGCACAUUUUGCCAAAUUAUUUUGUAAAAUUAGCUAUUAAUUUCACCUCAUCAGUGUUUGCAUAGAGAGAUGUCCAUCCUAUUUUUUUAUGCCUAUGUUGUCUGUAGCCUCAAGCAAGCAUCUUUGUAUUAUUUUCAGAAGUCAUGCUUAGCUCUAGAGGCAGCGUCAGUGCUGUCAAGAGGCACUAAAAGCAGUGGACCAUGUCCUUCCUGUGGUGCCUGUGUUGGACCAGAAAGUUCAUCCUUUUUUUGUUGCCGUAUUUCUCAAAGGUCAGUUUGUUCCUAAACAUUUUCUUUUUUUCCGGAGAGCUUUUGAGUUCUGCUGGGUCUGACUCAUCCCACCACUGUUCACAUUGGUAUUCCAUGGUAACUUCUGCUGGAAUGUACACCUCAAUUCUUCUAGUAGACACAUAAAAAUACAGCCUUUGAUGGGUUGUCUUUAGCAGCAGCCUCGCUGUCGUGUCACUGCUCUAGAACCAACCUGCCCUCUGCCCUUCAUGUGAAUGGGUCCAACCAUGGAAUCUCCACACUCUGGUCAGUACUGAUGAGCAGCUGGCAGUUAUUGGCUCUAUAGUUCAUUUAUGGGCCUGGAAUUCCUACUGACGGGAGCGUGGCAGCUUGGAAACAGCUUUCUUCUAGUCGUCCUUGCACUUCGUUUAGCUUAGCUGUGUCUUUUGAGGAUAGGUAUUUAGCUAUAUUCCAAGAGCUAACUAAAUGUUCUUUUCGACACGUCAGUGUAGUUGCUUAUGUAGCUUUUGUAAAGAAAAAUGUUUUUAAAAUUACCUAGUAUAACUUUUUUGUAAAAUACAAAUGUUUGUAAAUGUGUAAAUAGCUUGUAGGAAAAAAAAAUAAAUUAAAGUGAUCUUCAAUGUAA